AUGAUUGCAAUCGGCCUCGAAGGCUCUGCCAACAAGCUAGGGGUGGGCGUGAUCCUACAGCCCGCCAAAGGAGGCCCAGCCCAAAUCCUGUCCAAUAUCAGACACACCUAUGUCUCCCCUCCUGGGGAAGGAUUUCUUCCCAAAGACACAGCAAAGCAUCAUCGCGCUUAUGUGUCAACCCUAGUCAAGCGAGCACUGGCUGAAGCAGGUGUAAGACUUGAAGAUAUUGACUGUAUCUGCUACACCAAAGGCCCUGGCAUGGGUGCCCCAUUACAAAGUGUCGCUGUUGCAGCAAGGACGCUGAGCCUUCUGUGGAACAAACCCCUCGUCGGAGUCAACCACUGUGUCGGUCACAUUGAGAUGGGGCGAGAGAUUACGGGAGCAACCAAUCCUGUCGUCUUAUAUGUAUCGGGAGGCAACACGCAGGUGAUUGCUUACAGUAGCCAACGGUAUCGAAUAUUCGGGGAGGCCCUGGAUAUUGCGGUCGGGAACUGCCUUGAUAGAUUCGCACGGACACUGAAUAUCUCGAAUGACCCUGCUCCAGGCUACAAUAUCGAGCAGCUGGCGAAGAGGGGAAAAGUGCUGCUGGACCUUCCAUACGCAGUAAAGGGUAUGGAUUGCUCGUUCAGUGGCAUCCUUGCCCGUGUCGAUGAGCUUGCUGCCCAAAUGAGAGCGGGCACUCUCAAAGAUCCGGUCACAGGGGAUGCAGUCACACCGGAGGACCUUUGCUUCUCUCUGCAAGAGACCGUCUACGCCAUGCUCGUCGAGAUUACCGAGAGAGCCAUGGCCCACGUGGGCUCGAGUCAGGUCCUCAUUGUCGGCGGCGUGGGUUGUAAUGAAAGACUUCAAGAGAUGAUGGGGAUCAUGGCGAAAGACAGGGGUGGAAGCGUCUAUGCCACCGAUGAAAGAUUCUGCAUUGACAAUGGCAUCAUGAUUGCUCACGCCGGUCUGCUUGCUUAUCGGACGGGCUUCGCAACUGCUCUGGAGGAGAGCACUUGCACGCAAAGAUUCCGAACAGACGAUGUCCAUAUCGCAUGGCGAGAAGAUUGA